UGCUUGGAGAAGCCGGGAGGGUACCCGAGGCCGCGGCGCCUUCCAGCAGGGGCGGUGGGUGGUGCCCGGUGGCGUGGCGUGGCGUUGCUGGGGCGGGGGUCUCGGGCUGGGCUCUGCAGGCAGUCGGAACCACGGCCAGUGGGAAGAACGCCCGCUUCUUCAGCUCCACGGCUCGGAUGAGACCUAGAGGACUAUCUUUCGGGAGUGAGCUGGCGGCUGCUGAAACCUCCGGCGAGGGGAAGCUGCCCGCAUCCCUUCCAGUGGCCUGAAGGUCUGCAGAGGAAGCGGAGGCCGGCGCCUUUGGUGCAUUCCUGAUUUUUCUUGGCUCUGCCAGUGCAGUUAGCCCAGGGGAUGCAGAGAGCAACGAAUGUCACCUAUCAAGCCCACCAUGUCAGCAGGAACAAGAGAGGACAAGUGGUGGGGACCAGAGGCGGCUUUCGUGGUUGUACAGUCUGGCUGACAGGCUUAUCUGGAGCAGGAAAGACCACAGUAAGCAUGGCUUUGGAGGAAUACUUGGUUUGCCAUGGUAUUCCAUGCUACACUUUGGAUGGUGACAACAUUCGUCAAGGUCUCAAUAAAAAUCUUGGCUUCAGUCCUGAAGACAGGGAAGAGAACGUUCGACGCAUCGCGGAAGUAGCUAAGCUGUUUGCAGAUGCUGGCUUAGUAUGCAUCACAAGUUUCAUAUCACCUUAUACUCAGGAUCGCAACAAUGCAAGGCGGAUUCAUGAGGGUGCAAGUUUGCCUUUCUUUGAAGUGUUUGUCGAUGCUCCCCUGCAUGUUUGUGAACAGAGGGAUGUCAAGGGACUCUACAAAAAAGCACGGGCUGGAGAAAUUAAAGGUUUCACUGGGAUUGAUUCUGAAUAUGAAAAGCCAGAGGCCCCUGAAUUAGUGCUGAAAACAGACUCCUGUGAUGUAAAUGACUGUGUCCAGCAGGUGGUGGAGCUUCUACAGGAACGGGAUAUUGUACCUGUGGAUGCCUCUUAUGAAGUGAAAGAACUCUAUGUGCCAGAAAAUAAACUUCAUUUGGCAAAAACAGAUGCAGAAACACUACCAGCAUUGAAAAUUAAUAAAGUGGAUAUGCAGUGGGUGCAGGUUUUGGCAGAAGGCUGGGCAACCCCGCUGAAUGGCUUUAUGAGAGAGAGGGAGUACUUGCAGUGUCUUCACUUCGAUUGUCUUCUAGAUGGGGGUGUCAUUAACCUGUCAGUACCUAUAGUCCUGACGGCUACUCAGGAAGACAAAGAGAGGCUGGACGGCUGCACGGCUUUUGCGCUGAUGUAUGAGGGCCGCCGGGUGGCGAUUCUUCGCAAUCCAGAGUUUUUUGAGCACAGGAAGGAGGAGCGCUGUGCCAGGCAGUGGGGAACAACAUGCAAGAAUCACCCCUAUAUCAAGAUGGUUAUGGAACAAGGAGAUUGGCUGAUUGGAGGAGAUCUUCAAGUCUUGGACCGAAUUUAUUGGAAUGAUGGUCUUGAUCAGUAUCGUUUUACUCCUACUGAGCUAAAGCAGAAGUUUAAAGAUAUGAAUGCAGAUGCUGUCUUUGCCUUUCAACUGCGCAACCCAGUACACAAUGGCCAUGCUCUGUUAAUGCAGGACACCCACAGGCAGCUUCUGGAGAGGGGCUACCGGCGCCCUGUCCUUCUCCUUCACCCGCUUGGGGGCUGGACAAAGGAUGAUGACGUCCCUCUGAUGUGGCGGAUGAAACAGCACGCUGCAGUGCUGGAGGAAGGAGUCCUGAAUCCUGAAACCACAGUGGUGGCCAUCUUCCCGUCUCCCAUGAUGUAUGCUGGACCAACUGAGGUCCAGUGGCAUUGCAGAGCACGGAUGGUUGCGGGAGCCAACUUCUACAUUGUUGGACGAGACCCUGCUGGCAUGCCCCAUCCAGAAACAGGGAAGGAUCUUUAUGAGCCGACUCAUGGCGCCAAAGUGCUGACCAUGGCCCCGGGCCUGAUCACCUUGGAGAUCGUUCCCUUUCGAGUUGCCGCUUAUAACAAGAAAAAGAAGCGGAUGGACUACUAUGACGCUGAGCACCAUGAAGACUUUGAAUUUAUUUCAGGAACACGAAUGCGAAAACUUGCCCGCGAAGGCCAGAAACCUCCUGAAGGUUUCAUGGCUCCCAAGGCCUGGGAUGUGCUGAUGGAGUACUACAAAUCCUUGGAGAAGGCUUAAGCUGUUCACCCAGUCAGUUCACCUUUGACACCACACUGAGUAACAAGAGGGGACCACGUAGUUAUUGUUGGCAUUUCUUUGUGGUGGUAUCUGUCCAGACAUGCAUCCCCAAAACAGACCCUUUUCCUUAAGUAUUAACAGCAUCAGUUUGGUCUGCCUUAUGAAUUCUGUUCUGAACUAGUGUAACACACUCCUGGUUUUAAUGUAUCUUUUCCAACUUAUUCUAGUUAUAUUCCUACAGUACAGUUUUAAAACCUUGUCUUUUUGUAUUUAUGCUUCUGUCUUAUCAUUUUUUCAAGCUCUUAUACCAGUUGUAACCAAUAGUAUACACAUUGAAUCUCACUUUUCAUCUCUUGAAAAAAGAAAAAAAGAUCCAUUAAAUGAUAAACUUGGCUAGAUCUUGUUUUGGGAAUUUUAUAAGACAUCUGUAGCAAUUAGAAUUUUUUUUUCCCUACAGUGAAAAUAUAAACUGCUUUGUUCCUUCCCCUCAGCUAGUGAUCUCUUAACUGUUAUAAUCUAAAGUAUAUUAAUAUCUAUGUAAACUCUGAAUGAACUUUCUUGAUUCAAUAAAAUUAAACUUUUUGGCUUCUUAUUUAUGUGAUUUUUAAAAAAUAUUGUUAUGUUUACACAUACUUAUCCUUCAUGUGAAAAAGUUUCUGAUGGAGAAAGGAAUCAUCUAAUAAUUGGUUCCAAGUACUGUUUCAUAGUGAGGUUUUAAGUGGGAAAAUAAUGAUGCGUUCUCAAUCCAUCCAAAACCUCAACUUGUUUUUCCCAAGUAUCUCUCUAAUAUUCUUAAAUACCUCAGAUGCUGGUGCUAGUAGUAGAGACAUGAUGGAGAGAUGUUAGAGUUUGCCAGUCAGUUCAUCUGGAGUGGGGGACAACAUAUCCAGUUUGCUUUUGUAGAAUAUCCUGAAUACUGAGUCAUGGUUUUAUGGUGGCAGCGACGGAGUCAAGAUUCUGGGGGCAGUGAGUAUCCAGUGGUGAUGGCAUCAUGGUAUUCAGCUCUCAAAUAUUCCAGUGGAAUGGCCUUGGCUGAGUCCUCUGCCUCUAACUUCUCGUUCCUGACCAUUUUCUAAGCCUUAUUCUCUUGCCUUUUCCAUCGGUUCUGUAAGAUACCCAACAGUUGUCCUAUAUAUUCCUUUGCUGCUGAAAUUAUCUGGAGUUUCUGUUUACUAAGAUCCCUGGUCAUAACAGGUGGCAUGUGGAAAAAAAAAUGUGUAUCUCACAUUAAAAUCUUGAUACUGCUAAA